UCAAUAUGGCCAAAUGUGAACACUGGUGGAGUUUGGGGAAAAUAGACCUUGACAUUUGGGAGUUUUAGUUGCUGGGAUUUAUAGUUAACCUACAAUCAAAGAGCAUUUUGAACCCCACCAAUGAUAGUAUUGGGCCAAACUUCCCACACAGAACCCCCAUGACCAACAAAAAAUACUGUGUUUUCUGAUGGCCUUUGGCAACCCCUCUCGCACCUCCUCGCAACACGCAGGUUGAGAAACGCUGUCUUAAGCCAUCUUAUGAGGCUCCCAGCAUUUGCCAACUAGUGUAGUCAAGAACUCAAGGUGCGUGAUGAAGCCCAUUUCCUUGUUUCUGUUUCCUUGAUGGAUUAUAGAGUUUCCACAUUCUCUCAAAUAAUUCAGAUUCUACAUUCAUAUUCAGGGUGACAGACUGUAAGAGAACAGGCUGGACUAGAUUUCAAAAGGAGAUGACAGAUUGAUGUUUCAGAAAUAGAUGUACAUUAGGUGAUGUGAUGUCAACCUGGUGAUGAGAUUUAGAGUAAGUAGAGAGAACAAGGCAAUAGAUACAGAGAGAAAAUAAAUCCUGCUAAGUUUUGCCCCGAUAUAUCUUCCCUUUAUCAUUCAUAGUAUCUAAAGGAGGGAUACAACCUGGAAGUUGGGGAGAGAAAGUGACAGGGAGAAGGGUUGGUCUAAAUCUUGUGUCUGCCAAUUGGCUUAGGCAAGUCUUUAUCAGCCUGACUAGCCUAAAGCAUAUAAACAAUGAUAGCCCUGUGAGAUAGGUCAGGCUGAGCUUCAUUACUGAACAUGAACUAGAACCUGGAUUUCCAAAUCUCAGUCCAACAUUUUUAUCCCCUAAAGCACAGCCAACACCUUUUCUGGUUGGCAUCUUGGAUCCUUCGUAUUUAAUCUUCACCAGGAGGGAGAAAGAAUAGAAAUCUUCAGAUUACAAUCCCAAAGGUCUGGAUUUACUAAUGUUGUUGCAAGACUUUAUUUUUCUACCAUGAAGACAUUAGCAAAAUCUCACAUUUUCAAGUUCUGCUGGAUACUUCGAGGGCCACAUCAGCCCUUUCACGGACAUCCCAGUUUUCUUAGCUCUCCCAUUUUUGCACAAUACGAAGCCGUAAGACAAGGAAAGCAGCCGAUCCCUGAAUAUUUUAACUUUGCAAAUGAUGUACUGGAUAAAUGGUCACAACUUGAAAAGGAUGGGAAGAGACCUUCCAACCCAGCACUAUGGUGGAUCAAUGGAAGAGGAGGUGAAGUGAGGUGGAGCUUUGAGGAGCUGGGAGUUUUAUCCAGGAAAUUGGCCAAUGUACUCUCGGACCGAUGUGGCCUCCAGAAGAGAGACAGGGUUUUGGCCAUUCUGCCCCGGAUUCCUGAAUGGUGGUUGGUGACGGUGGCUUGCAUAAGGACAGGAAUCACAGUUAUGCCUGGUACGACCCAAUUAACAGCAAAAGACAUCAAAUACAGACUCCAGAUGUCCAAGGCCAAAUGUAUAAUCACCACGGAUGCAUUGGCACCUGUGGUGGACUCCGUCACAGCUGAGAAUCAUGACCUGAAAACCAAACUGAUGGUCACAUCUGAUGGCAAAAGAGAAGGUUGGCUGAGCUUCAAUGAACUGCUCAAAGAGGCACCUGCUGAGUUCACUCCUGUACAAACAAAGGUUCAAGAUCCAAUGGUAAUUUACUUCACCAGUGGGACUACAGGUUCUCCUAAGAUGACGGAACUUUCUCAGGGGAGUAUGGGGUUGAGACCCAUCAUCAACCCAAGAUACUGGCUGGACUUUUCGCCUUUGGACAUCAUGUGGUGCACGGCAGAUACAGGCUGGGUGUUGAGCUGUCUGGGCGCUCUAUUUGAUCCGUGGGUUUUGGGAUCCUGUGUCUUUGUACAUAAUCUGCCAAAAAUAGAAUCAACAACUAUUCUAAAUACUCUCUCGCGAUUUCCCAUCACCGCCAUGCUGGGUGCUCCCACCUUGUUCCGUAUGUUGGUGCAGAAUGAUCUGAGCAGCUAUAAAUUCAUGAGCCUGAAGCAGUGCAUAAGUGCAGGGGAAGCACUAAACCCUGAAGUCAUGGAGCAAUGGAAAAGCAAGACAGGACUAGACAUCCAUGAAGCCUAUGGGCAGACCGAAACAGGUAUGAUCUGUGGAGUUCGCAAAGGGAUGAAGAUUAAGCCAGGUUCAAUGGGAAAGGCAUGUGCACCAUAUGAUGUUCAGAUUGUAGAUGAAGAAGCCAAUAUUCUGCCUCCUGGAAAAGAAGGAGAAAUAGCUAUUAAAGUGCAACCAGAAAGGCCGCUGGGACUCUUCUCUCGCUAUAUAGACAACCCUGAUAAAACAGCUGCAACAAUACGCGGAAGUUUUCAUAUUACAGGGGACAGAGGAGUGAUGGAUAAAGAAGGGUACUUUUGGUUUGUUGGAAGAAAUGAUGACAUCAUAAAUUCUUCAGGGUAUCGUAUUGGGCCAUUUGAAGUAGAAAGCGCGCUUCUAGAGCAUCCUGCAGUAGCAGAAGCGGCUGCGAUCAGCAGCCCGGACCCACUCCGAGGAGAAGUGGUGAAAGCCUUUGUGGUGUUGUCUCCUGGCUUUGUGUCUGGAGAUAAGGACAAAUUAACCCUCGAACUGCAGGAACAUGUCAAGAAAGUGACAGCGCCGUACAAAUAUCCAAGAAAGAUGGAGUUCGUCCAACAGCUGCCAAAGACAAUCUCAGGAAAAAUCAAACGGAUUGAACUGAGGAACAAGGAAUGGGGACGAGUUUAAUGUCUACAGCAGAUGGUUGGAAUGGCCGCCAGCUUUCCAAAUUCGAUGGACAUUUAUUUGAGGCCUACUGGUACUAGGAUGGCCUCUUUUAUGGUUGAACUUGGACCAUCAGAAACAUGAGCACAACUGUCAAAACCACUAUGGCAGUGUUUCUCAACCUGGGGGUUGACACUCCUUGGGGGAUCACGAGGGGAUGUCAAAAGUGUUGCCAAAGACCAUCAGAAAACGCAGUAUUUUCUGUUGGUCGUGGGGGUUCUGUGUGAGAAGUUUGGCCCAAUUCUAUCGUUGGUGGGAUUCAGAAUGCUCUUUGAUUGUAGGUGAACUACAAACCCCAGCAACUACAAUUCCCAAAUAUCAAGUCUAUUUUCCUCAAACUCCAUCAGUGUUUACAUUUGUGCAUAUUGAGUAUUCGUGCCAAAUUUGGUUC